CUCCAGUCCCCUCCCGUCUAAAAAAAACAGAAAAAGAAAACUCCAGUCCCCUGCUCUCAAUACCAAGCGGCCACUGGCGGCGACGGGCGGCGGCGGACGGCGGCAUCGGGCUGAGAAGCUCCCGGGAUCCCCUCCCCCAGCUCGACCGCCUCAUCUCAAUCGCAAGCAACUGGCGGCGGCCAUCGGCUGCGGACGGCGACGGCGGGCUGAGCAGCUCCCCUUCCCCAGGUCACCGCCGUCCCCCCCUCUGCUCGCGGCCUCCCCUUCCCAGGUCGCCAGCCUCCAUCGGAUCCCGGCAACGAGCUCGGCCUCCCCUCCGACCAUGAGCAAACAAAAACCAUCACAAGAAAGUCACUGAUGCGUGUUACUCCACUGUCGAAUUUUGGUGCCCAGGAUCUGCAAUCUACUUUGUGGCGGCUUUCUGCGGUUAAGCGGUGCCACAAGCACCACUUAAAAUGGCGACGGGAAAAAAUGGAGAAACCUGCUUGUGAUGACUUGCUGCUAUAGUGUGCUGUCUAUUAUCAACAAAGUCGGCAAGGCCAAUGGAGCCGCCUUCCCCACGCACGGCGCUGGAGAACUUGACGCUGGUGGAUGCCGAUGCCCUCGACUGCGGUGUCUGCUUCCUCCCGCUCAAGCCGCCCAUCUUCCAGUGCAUGGUGGGGCACGUGCUGUGCUCGCAGUGCCGCGACAAGCUGGCCUCGGCGCGGAGUUGUCACGUCUGCCGUGCUCCGAUGGACGGCGGCUAUCGCCGGAGCCACGCCAUGGAGAAGCUGGUGGACUCCAUCCGGGCGCCGUGCCCCAACGCCCCCUACGGGUGCGCCACCAAACCGGCAUACCAUGACCUCCAGCCUCACAUCAAGGCCUGCCAGCACGCGCCGUGCCACUGCCCCGAGGAAGCCUGUGGCUUCGUCGGCAGCACGGAGACGCUGCUGGCCCACUUCACCACGGGGCACGGGUGGCCGUGCACCACCGACGUCCGCGCUGAGGAGUCGUUCCACAUGGAACUCCGCGAGGGCUUCAACGUCGUUGAUGUCGUCGACCUCGACGGCGCCAUGAAGCUGCUGUUCCUGGUAAUGGUGUCGCCUGAGCGCCUCGGACGGGCCAUCUCCGCUGUAUGCGUACGUCCUCCUCGAGCCGACGGCGAUGAACCCAACUUCUAUCUCUAUGGGCUGGAGCUGGAGUUCGACCGCCCCAGUCGAUGGCAUGGUGACCGCCAGAAAUCCUGUUUCGACGUAGAAUGCACUGAUCUUUCCGAUGGGCUGCCGAAUGCCGACGACCGCUUCCAGUUCCUCGUGCCCCAUAUUAUUGUUCUACCAUAUGACGACAAUCCUAUCAACAUCAGAGCCUGUAUUUACACCCAGAUCCGGUAGUUCGGUGCUGGCCGGCUACUGCCUCAAACUGCAUAUGCCAAACUCGUUUUUGGAUGUGCAGGCUUGAGCUUGAUUAUGGAUAUCAAAAAAUGGAAAUGCAGAACUCUUCCAUUAAUUUGUGUCAGUUGUUGAGUGAGAUCGAUGUCAAUAAUCGACGGAUGCCUUAACUUGAUUGUUUUUAUUUUUA